UUUCAUGGCGCUCGGUGUUCCUGUGAUCUUGUGUUUUGUGUGCUAUCACAGUUGAUAAUGAAUCAGUUUUCUUGCUGUUAUAUUUUAUCUAUUUCUUCUCACUAGUGAUGAGUGUCCAGUUGCUGACAUUAUGACUUCCUUUUAGUUUUACAAAAUGUAAUUUUUAUGAGGAGGUUUCAAUCCUCCAUCAUCAUGAAACUCAAGUUUAGGUUAUGCUUAAAGUUCUUUUCACCUUUUCUACUGAUUUUAUUUUUCUUUAAUCCCAGUUUCAUAACUCCUUGUUGCUGCAUGAGUGUUUGUGAUGGCCCUCAAUUUGUUGAUAUCAAAUUUGACAGCCAAACUGUAAAAAAUGAAUACAUCGUUGGAUUUAAAGGAUACUACCGAACAAAAGCAAGAGAGAAAUAUAUAUCAGCAGCAUUAAAUGUCUGUGGUGUAGUGAAGUGGGAAAUUUUAAAGAGAAACAAUCCAGCCCAAGACUUUCCCAGUGAUUUUGAUGUUGUUUUGUUGGAAGAGCAGAACGGCACCAGUGGACUUGAUGCAUUAAAUAAGCAUCCUCUCAUUCGCCGUGUAACUCCUCAGCAUAUUGUUCAUAGAUCUCUUAAAUUUGUCAAUAUAACGGACAAAAAUGAGACAUGGUCACAUCAGCCUAAAGAAUUCACAGGGAAAAAUUUCAAUCAGUUUUGGCAUGCGACUGGUAAACAUUCUAGCCGUCGGCUCCUACGUGCUAUUCCCAGGCAGAUCACCACAAUCAUGCAAGCAGAUGCAUUAUGGGGUAUGGGAAUAGUAGGCACGGGAGUGAAGGUAGCAGUAUUUGAUACAGGCCUGUCGAAAACCCAUCCUCAUUUCAAGAGAAUCAAAGAGCGUACUGAUUGGACGAACGAACGGACUUUGGAAGAUGGCUUAGGUCAUGGAACAUUCGUUGCUGGGGUGAUAGCAUCAAGCAAAGAAUGCCUUGGCUUCGCUCCUGAUGCUGAACUCCAUGUUUUCAGAGUAUUCACCAAUAAUCAGGUUUCUUACACCUCUUGGUUCCUGGAUGCCUUUAAUUAUGCAAUACUGAAGAAAAUUAAUGUAUUGAAUCUCAGUAUUGGAGGACCAGACUUCAUGGAUCAUCCAUUUGUUGAUAAAGUUUGGGAACUGACUGCUAAUGGCGUCAUCAUGAUAUCUGCGAUUGGAAACGAUGGACCAUUGUAUGGAACUUUGAACAACCCAGCAGAUCAAAUGGAUGUAAUUGGUGUUGGUGGAAUCAACUUUGAAGAUCAAAUUGCAAAAUUUUCGUCACGCGGUAUGUCAACAUGGGAACUACCACAAGGGUACGGCCGUGUAAAGCCUGAUAUAGUAACAUAUGGCUCUACUGUGCGAGGCUCUAGCAUCAAAGGCAGCUGUCGAACACUUUCUGGCACCAGCGUUGCAUCACCUGUAGUUGCAGGAGCGGUUACUCUCCUUGCAAGUGGUGUCCUACAUAGAGGCAAUGCUAUCAAUCCUGCAAGUAUGAAGCAAGCUUUGAUGGCUUCAGCGCGACGUCUUCCUGGAGUCAAUAUGUUCGAACAAGGGCAUGGCAAAUUGGAUCUCUUAAAAGCCUACCAAGUAUUAAAUAGCUACAAGCCUCAAGCAAGCUUCAGUCCAAGUUAUAUUGAUUUGAGCGAGUGUCAGUACAUGUGGCCGUAUUGUACACAGCCACUAUAUUAUGGAGCUAUGCCAACUAUUGUGAAUGUAACCAUACUUAAUGGACUUGGAGUUUCAGGAAAAAUUGUUGGUAAACCUCGUUGGUAUCCUUACUUGCCUCAUGAUGGACUUGCACUAGAGGUGUGCUUGACAUAUUCUGAGGUUUUAUGGCCUUGGUCUGGCUGGCUCGCUGUUAGUUUGUCUGUCGCAAGAAGUGCUGCUACAUGGACAGGGAUUGCCCAAGGUCACAUUGAAGUGACGGUUGAAUCCCCUCCUGAGGAAGGAGAAACUAGUGUUCGUCGGUCAACAGUGAAACUGGCCUUGAAGGCUAGCAUCAUACCAACACCUCCAAGACACAAGCGACUGUUGUGGGAUCAGUAUCACAAUUUGCGAUAUCCGCCCGGUUAUUUUCCAAGAGACAAUUUGAGAAUGAAAAAUGAUCCCCUAGACUGGAAUGGAGAUCAUAUACAUACUAAUUUUAAGGAUAUGUAUCAACAUGUACGAAACGCUGGAUACUAUGUAGAGGUUUUGGGCUCUCCCUAUACAUGUUUUGAUGCAACACAAUAUGGUGCUUUACUAGUUGUAGAUCCUGAAGAGGAAUUCUUCCCAGAGGAAAUAGCUAAACUUAAGAGAGAUGUUGACAACGGACUAUCUGUCAUUGUUUUUGCUGAUUGGUACAAUGUGUCUGUGAUGAAAAAAGUCAAAUUUUUUGAUGAAAAUACAAGACAAUGGUGGAUGCCGGACACUGGAGGCUCAAAUGUUCCUGCCCUGAACGACCUAUUGUCUCCAUGGGGGAUUGCUUUAGGUGAAAAGAUAUUUGAUGGUGAAUUUCAUCUCGGAGAGCACUCAAUGAUGUAUUCAUCGGGAACCCACAUUGCUCAAUUUCCUGCAUCGGGAACAGUUAUCUCUGUUUUACUGAAAGAUCAAGGAAAAAUGAUUCUUGAUCAAGUGAAAUCUGAACCUGAACCAGCAGCUAUCCUCGGUCUCCUGCAGAAUACAGCUGUAAACAAAAGUGGGAGAAUUACAGUGUAUGGUGACUCAAACUGCCUUGACAAUAGUCAUUUACAAAAAGACUGCUUUUGGAUGUUAGAUGCAAUAUUAGAAUUUUCAUCAAUAGGAAAUAUGCCAUCAGUAUUCAGUGCAAACAAAGUAAAAUCUUUCUCAACUAUAUCUCAUGAACUGCCUCAAAGAAUGGAAGGAAAUCAUUUAUACAGGUAUUCCAAAGUUUUGGAAAAUCAUAUGAGUGGACUUCAAACGAGACCUCUGCCGCCUUGCCCACAUUUAGUUUGGUCUCAGCCAAUUCCACUUAAUCAGUCUGCUCCUUCGAAUUUGUACAAAUCUCAAAAGCUACUUUCCAUUAACCUUGAUGCACAACUUCCAACAUGGGUUCAUAAUGAAGACACGCUCCUGGACGUUGAAAAUGAUUAUGUUUGGAGUGAAAAAGUUAGUUUACCAUCAAAUGACUAUGACAUAGUUUCAUUAUCUAGGGUAGUAUUUAUAAUCGUCGCUCUUGUCAUUCUAGUUCUUGCUUUUAGGUAUUUUAAAUUCCGAACAAAACCUAGAAAAAAACGAUCAACCAAACUUAAAAGGCUACUUGCAGCUUUGAGUAGAACUCAUACUGUUCCUAGUGUAUAGAUUUUGUUCUUUUUAUAUAAGUUGACUGUGAAACUACUUUUUUACUACUUUUUUUGUUAUUUUGUUUGUAAAUAAAUUCAAUUUGUUACUACAAA